CACUAUUCAACCCCAAUGUCAACCCCAGACCACUACUCAACCCCAACCUCAACCGCAGACCACUAUUCAACCCCAAUGUCAACCCCAGACCACUACUCAACCCCAACCUCAACCGCAGACCACUAUUCAACCCCAGACACUACUCAACCUGAACAUCAACCGCAGACCACUACUAAACUCCAGACCACUACUCAACCCCAACCUCAACCCCAGACCACUACUCAACCCCAACCUCAACCGCAGACCUCUACUCAACCCCAGACCACUACUCAACCCAAACAUCAACCCCAGACUACUUCUAAGUCUGAACCUCAACCCCAGACCCAGACCACUACUCAACCCCAACCUCAACACCAGGCACUGGCCCCGCUCCCAUCCUGGUCGCUGUGUCUGAAGGGYACACCUUCUGUCCGGAACGCUGAGGCAGCCUUCCUGUCCCUGCUGCUCUUCUGCCACAGUGGCUCCAGUAGCAGUAAGAUUGCAAUUGACAACAAGAUUGAGCAAGCCAUGGUAGGACAGUGUGUUUAUGGUUAUAGUGUCUGUAAUGUGUUGUAUUGAAGGACUUGGUGAAGACUCAUCUGUUGCUGAAAGAAUUGUGACAUAUAUUUGAUGAUAUGCUAUAAUGACAUGUUGCAUAUUGCUGUAGGACUUGGUGAAGAGCCACCUGAUGCUGGCUGUGAGAGAGGAGGAGGAGCUACUGAGGAAGCGGAUCAACCAGCUGUCAGAGAGGAACACCCAUCUGGAGAGAGAGAACUACAUACUGAGAGCACUGAGAGACAGACAGAGACACUAACGCACUCAUCCACGCACACACCCACGUACACACUCACACAAAGAGAAGCUAACAGUAUUAGUACAUGCCUUUCAUUUUCUAUUUAAAUGGAUGUUUUGAAUAAUCAUGUAAAAUGUGUAUUUAUAUUUAACCUUUA